AUAUUAAGAGUUGGUGCAUUUACAACCUAUUUUUUUUGCCCAAUAGGGGAACAUAUCAAUAGAUUCUAUGAAUAGUGACAGAUGAUAUCUUUUUUUUUUACUUGGAUGAAAGUCUAUAAAAAUCAAAUCUCAUUUUGACGUUAAUCCUCCCAUCGUAAAAUAUUCAUAGUUUACAUAAAGAAUUAAAAAAAAAAAUGAAAAAGGGGAUAAUGUCGUUGUUUAUUAUUGCAUUCUUUUUAGCAGUGACGGUUACAGCGCAUAGCAGCGAUUCCACCAGCUACUACGGGAACACGAAACCGGCUAAUCUGAAGCAAGAGAAAGUGACACGUCUCCGCUUCUACCUCCAUGAUAUCAUCAGUGGGAAAAACCCUAGCGCCGUGAGAAUAGCACAUGCAAAUCUCACGGGCGGUAGCGUAGUAGAUUCGGCGGUAGGAUUCGGAAGCCUAUUCGCGAUAGACGAUCCACUCACCAUGGGACCUGGGAAAGAUUCAAAGGUAAUUGGAAACGGGCGUGGAAUGUACGUAUCAGGGAGCAAAGACAUAAGUAAGUUCACGAUCGUGAUGUACGCUGAUUUGGCGUUCACGACGGGGAGAUUCAAGGGAAGCUCGAUAAGCGUGUUCUCGAGGAAUCCGGUGGCGGAAGAGGCGGGAGAGAGAGAGAUAGGGAUUGUGGGAGGACGUGGCGCAUUCAGAAUGGCUAAAGGAUUCAUCAAAAUCAAAACGCAUCAGAUUGACAUGAAGACAGGCGAUGCUGUUCUCCAUUACGAUGCUACUGUUUACCAUUAUUAACCCACCCCCAUCAAUGCUAUGUAAUAUUUUAUAAGAAUUCUACAAUUGUGUUUCAAAAAAAAAAAAAAAAGUCUACAAUUAUAUUUUCUGAUAAAAAUAUGAUAAUUCGAUUCAAAAACUACCCUACUGCUUUGUU